UCAUAUAUGUGUGUGUAGGUAUAUAUUAAUAUAAUUAGCUUUUAAAACUCUUGCUACACACAUAAUUAUCACAUUAUUAUUAUUAAAUGUAGAUUUUUUUUCUUAACUGUAGAAACUUGUCUUUUUAGACUGCAGCAUGUCUCAAUUUCAUUUUAACUGGUGUUAAUGGUGCAUUUGUUUUAUUGCAGUCAGUGACCAUAUUAAAUGACGAUACUCUCAUGUUUGCAGCUUCUGACUUUUAUUUGCAGAUUCUCUAGGAAUAUCUGGGGUCGGUGUCUCGCAGAUGCUGACCACUCAUCUUUCCCCUUGCAUUUUGAAUGUCCUGAAAUUUUGCUCUGUUUCUAAGCUUUGGCUGUCUUGAAUGUGUUCACAGGAAAAACAAUGUCGAAGGGACCAUCUGUUGGGAUUGAUCUUGGCACCACCUAUUCCUGUGUGGGUGUCUUCCAGCAUGGCAAGGUGGAAAUCAUUGCCAAUGACCAGGGUAACAGGACCACGCCAAGCUACGUCGCGUUUACUGACACGGAGAGGCUAAUUGGCGAUGCUGCAAAGAAUCAAGUGGCAAUGAACCCCACAAACACUGUUUUUGAUGCAAAGCGUCUGAUCGGUCGCAGAUUUGAUGAUGCUGUUGUCCAGUCCGACAUGAAACACUGGCCUUUUACUGUGGUGAAUGAUGCAGGCAGGCCAAAAGUUCAAGUCGAGUACAAAGCGGAAACAAAAAGCUUCUAUCCAGAGGAAAUAUCCUCCAUGGUGCUAACCAAAAUGAAGGAGAUUGCUGAGGCGUACUUGGGAAAGACUGUUACAAAUGCUGUGGUCACAGUCCCAGCCUACUUCAACGAUUCCCAACGGCAGGCUACAAAAGAUGCUGGAACCAUUGCUGGUCUCAAUGUGCUCCGAAUCAUUAAUGAGCCAACAGCUGCUGCUAUUGCUUAUGGCUUGGAUAAGAAAGUUGGUGCUGAGAGAAAUGUGUUGAUCUUUGAUCUGGGUGGUGGCACUUUUGAUGUCUCCAUCCUUACCAUUGAAGAUGGUAUAUUUGAAGUAAAAUCAACUGCCGGUGACACCCACUUGGGUGGAGAAGACUUUGACAACCGAAUGGUCAACCAUUUCAUUGCUGAGUUCAAGCGGAAACACAAGAAGGACAUCAGUGAGAACAAGCGUGCUGUGCGCCGACUUCGCACUGCCUGUGAGCGUGCGAAGCGUACCCUUUCCUCCAGCACCCAGGCCAGUAUUGAAAUCGAUUCACUGUAUGAAGGCAUUGACUUCUACACUUCAAUUACCAGAGCUCGCUUUGAAGAGCUGAAUGCCGACUUGUUCCGUGGUACUCUGGAUCCUGUGGAGAAAGCUCUGCGGGAUGCCAAGCUAGAUAAAUCUCAGGUGCAUGAUAUUGUGCUGGUUGGCGGGUCCACCCGAAUCCCCAAGAUCCAAAAACUGCUUCAGGAUUUCUUCAACGGAAAAGAACUCAAUAAGAGCAUCAACCCUGAUGAAGCAGUUGCUUAUGGUGCAGCUGUUCAAGCUGCGAUUUUGUCUGGCGACAAGUCAGAAAACGUUCAAGACUUGUUGUUGCUGGAUGUUACUCCUUUGUCCCUGGGUAUUGAAACGGCUGGAGGUGUCAUGACUGUCCUGAUCAAACGAAACACCACAAUCCCCACCAAGCAGACCCAGACAUUCACCACGUAUUCUGAUAACCAACCUGGUGUGCUGAUUCAGGUUUAUGAGGGAGAAAGAGCAAUGACAAAGGACAAUAACUUGCUGGGCAAGUUUGAAUUAACUGGCAUUCCUCCAGCUCCCAGGGGUGUUCCUCAAAUUGAAGUAACAUUUGAUAUUGAUGCCAAUGGCAUCCUUAAUGUGUCUGCUGUGGAUAAGAGCACUGGCAAGGAAAACAAAAUUACAAUCACCAAUGACAAAGGCCGUCUCAGUAAGGAAGAUAUUGAGCGCAUGGUCCAGGAAGCUGAAAAAUACAAGGCUGAGGAUGAAAAACAACGUGAUAAGGUGUCAUCCAAGAAUUCAUUGGAAUCCUAUGCUUUUAAUAUGAAGGCUACUGUGGAAGAUGAGAAACUGCAAGGCAAAAUUAGUGAUGAUGACAAGCAGAAGAUUUUGGAUAAAUGUAAUGAGAUCAUCAACUGGCUGGAUAAAAAUCAGACGGCUGAGAAGGAAGAGUUUGAGCAUCAACAGAAGGAGCUGGAAAAGGUUUGCAAUCCUAUCAUAACCAAGCUCUACCAGAGUGCAGGUGGGAUGCCAGGAGGCAUGCCUGGAGGUUUCCCUGGUGGUGGAGCACCUCCAUCUGGAGGAGCAUCUUCUGGACCAACCAUUGAGGAGGUGGAUUAAAGCAUGGCAUUCCAAUUCUGUGGGCUGCCUACAGAACAGACGGACUCAAUUCAAUUACAAGGGCAUUCUUGAUACAUUGAACGUGGGCACAGGGAGGGAAGGCAAACAUUGCACUUUACCAGUACUGUAAAAUGUUCAAAUUCAAACUUGAGUCCCAAUAAAUAAAACUUAUUUAAUUGGCAACUUGAAAAA